AUGUCCUGCCAGCAGAACCAACAGCAGUGCCAACCCCCUCCCAAAUGCACCCCCAAGUGCCCUACUCCUAAAUGCCCCCCAAAGUGUCCCCCGAAGUGCCCCCCAGGCCCCACCCCUAAAUGCCCCCCAAAGUGCCCCCCAGUCUCCUCUUGCUGCGGUGUCAGCUCUGGGGGCUGCUGUGGCCCCAGCUCCGGGGGCUGCUGCAGCUCUGGGUGUGGGGGCUGCUGCCUGAGCCACCACAGGCGCCGCAGGUCCCAUCACUGCAGACCCCAGAGGUCUGACUGCUGCAGCCAGCCCUCGGGGGGCUCCGGGUGCUGCGGAGGGGGGAUCUCCUCCUGCUGCGGCUCCAGCUCCGGGGGCUGCUGCAGCUCUGGGGCUGGGGGCUGCUGCCUGAGCCACCACAGGCGCCGCAGGUCCCAUCACUGCAGACCCCAGAGGUCUGACUGCUGCAGCCAGCCCUCGGGGGGCUCCGGGUGCUGUGGAGGGGGGAGUGGUCAGUCCUCUGGAGGCGGCUGCUGCUGA